UGUGCUGCGCGCUGUUAAUUGCCCAUGUCUUCUCACAAGACUUUCAGGAUCAAGCGAUUCCUGGCCAAGAAACAAAAGCAGAAUCGUCCCAUUCCCCAGUGGAUUCGGAUGAAAACUGGUAAUAAAAUCAGGUACAACUCCAAGAGGAGGCAAUGGAGGAGAACCAAGCUGGGUCUCUAAGGCAUCCCACAUCACGCGAUGACACACCUAAUUGGCACCACGUAUUUAAUUGAGCUACUUGAGGAUCAUGUGUUCUAUUCCAUCACCCUGUAAACACCUUUCUGCCUGGCCAAUAGAUACCAUUUAUCAGCGAAAGAUU